AUGAAUGUAAUUUUAUCAAGAAUCGCACUCGAAGAAUUAUCAUUUCUGGGUUGUAAUGGCAGUUCUAUCGAUGAAUUGUUUGGUAAAGUUGUUUUAAGAGUACUAAGUGGGCCAUAUAGGAACUUUGCAACUUUGCUUAAUAAUGUUUCUUUUAGGGAAAAAAUUACCAAAACGAUUGCUUCCCAUAAACAUGUUAUCACAAAAAAUAAAUUAAGUGGAAAUGUAUAUUCUUUAAAGGAUAAAAAAGAUGAUUAUUUCCCAGAAAAUUUACUACUGGUAGCAAAUGAUUCCAUAAAAAAUCACAUUUUAGAUUUGAAUAUUUUUUCAAAUAUAUCAGAAGUCGAAGGAAGACUUGCUGUAUACAUGGCAAUCGCAAGUAAAGGUUUUAAUGGGUGUUGGCAGUACGAAAUAUCAAGAAUGCUCAAAAUGGACCCCAAGAUGGUAUUUCAACAUUUGAAGUAUUUAUAUAAAUAUGAUAGCAUUGUUAGGUUUUCUAUUCCCAUGCCAAUAAAUCAUAAAAAAAGAUUAUUUCCUAAUGAAGACUCUAAUUCAUCUUCAGGAGGACAUCUUUCUGCAAUUAUAUGGCUGACUCGGUUUUUUGACAUUAAUCUUAUUCCAAGAGAGCUUUCACAGUUAAUUUGGUAUCAACAUAUUCAGCCACUAAGUACUGAGAUUGUAAGAAUUUUAGAAUAUAAAGCCCCCGGAAAAAUAGCUUGGGAAAAAGAUAUUAGGGCUCUCUGCGCAGGAUUUCUAAUUGUUCAUGAUGAAAAUUCGUCAGAUCAUUUAAUUUGUUCACAGAGAACUGCAAAUAAAGUUUUUAAUAAAUUAAGAGACUUUUUAUUGACGAAAAAUGUGAAAAGGGUAUUUGCGUGGCACCCAUUAACCAAAUCCUACUCUCCUUGUUUAUGUUUAAAAGAUGCAUUUCCGUUUACAACCAUUGAAUUAUCUUCGGAAAUUAAUGUAAAAACAGAAACUCAUGUUUCUGAUUUAAAUAUUAAUGACACGGAGGAGUCUAAUUCUCAGAAAAAUAUGUUAGACAGUGAAGGACAAGGUAUUAAUAAUAACGGUUUGUUCCCUGACUUAUCUACAGAAGAGAUUCAGUUUUCCACUGGAAAUAAAAUAUUUGAAAUUACUGAGGCAGCACAAGUAUUGUGGUUAAUACGUGCAAGUGGGAAAACUGGUUUAGUCUCUCUAGAUAUUGUAAAAAUAAUUGGUAUUAACAUGAAAAGACUAGGGAAACUACUUUCAGAUUUGUGCAAGACGAAGAUGAUCAAUAAAAUUCCGCAGAGAUAUAAUCGAACAUUUAUGUAUAGGUAUUAUUUUAACAAUAUCAACAUACCUUUGAAGUCUGAGGGAAGUAAUAAAAUUGACAAAUCAGUAGUAGAGCCCCAUGCUUCUGAUCAAUAUAGUAGCCAAAAAUUGGAAACAAAGCAUAUUAUGACUAUUUUUAGUGAAACAUUUCCGAAUAAAAAAAUUGAGUUAUCUGGCGUUACUGAGCAAUUUGUUAAAAGACUCAUUUUAAUCAAAAAAUGGUUAGAUGAAUCAAGAAUUCUCACAAUACCUGAAAUUGCAAAGCUUUUUUCAGAAACUGAAAAUACUCAAAACGGACCAGACAGAAAAACGAUUAAAAGAAUACUUUCUAAAAUCCUGGAAUUAGACGAAUAUUCAAAAGAAUCAAGUCUUGUUCAAAGUAAAAAUACUAAUAUAUUAUCUUCUUCAGGAGAAAUUGCAAUUUUUUUUUCUUUGAAAUUUUAUACGGAGGACGAAGCAAAGAAUUUAAAGGCAAUUGAAUUGAAAAACAAAAGGUCAAAUACAACUAAAUCUGCAAUAGAAAGGAGAAAGAAAGAGCUUUCACAAGUUGCUGCAAUAAUUGACGCAUCUAAUACAUUUCCCUCAAAUAAGCAAAAAGAAAAUUCAGUGUUUUCUCAAUCAAAUUAUUCUCCGGAUAUUAUUUUGUCUCAGGUUGACACAAAAGUAAUGGAAAAUAACUUAAUUCAACCCAAUACAGCAAAGUUAGUAACAAACAAGAUCGGAGAUGCUACUGUUGUAUUGAAUACUCAAGAAUUUACCGUUGCAUCGUUAAAUAUAGAAAUAAAUGGUGGUAGCAACUCCACAAUUGAUUCAUCAAGUCUAAAAAAAAAUGAUUCUAUUUCAAAACUAGACAUUCCUGGAACAGAGUUUGCUAAUAAAAUGAAUUUCGAUCCUUCAAAAAGAAUUAGUCUUGGAUUUUCAAAUUUAUCUAGGGGUGGAAUUAAAAUUCAAUCAAGCGAAGGAAAAAUGGGAUUUUUAUCUUUUAGUCAAAAAAUUCUUGCACAUUAUGGAUUUGUAUUCCCUAUUAUGAUACGUUUGAAGAUUCUACAUUAUCACUUACUCUUUUCAUUUCCAGAAAAAAAGAAUAAAUUUGAUUUAUUUUCUUCAAAAGAAAUUCUUGACAACAUGAAAAUAGAUACAUUUUUAAGAGUAAUAGGGUUUGGGCAUAGAUCAAGAUUUAUUGAAGAUUACUUACUUUAUGGCAAUAGUGAAACUUUUGAAUUUGGUCCUAAUACGCGUAUAAAGGAACUUCCAUCUAAUCUUUAUGAGAAACUUACAAAAAAUCAUUCGAAAAAAAACUUUUUUGGUCAUGGAAAAAAAAAACUGAAGAAUUACGAUAAAGGAAGGAAAGCAAUAUCUGUUUUAUACAAACUUUUAGUUAUGCUUUGCAAACUUAAUUUGAUUAAUUUUUCUAUAUCUGAAACUAAAGAAUUUGAUGAGAGUGAAUUCAAAAUUUCAAAUAUUAAACAAAUAAAUAUUGAGACUAUUCCUUUAUCUUACCCAUCAUGGAAAUUAGAAUCAAAUUUAAAAAUUCCCAUUCUAAUUAAUGCUGACAAAUAUGAUGUUGAGAGGUUAGCUGAAUACAUUAAACAUACUAAUAAUACUUUCUGCUUAAAAAAUAACGAGCAAUUUGAACAAUUUUGGUCAAUUUUAAACAGAGAAUCUAUCGAAACACAUAAUUUUAUUUUGGAAUUUAAACCGGAAAAUUAUAAUGUGAUUUUUCCGGACAUUUUAUUGAAAAGAAAUUGGAAAGUUAAUCCAUUAUUAUCAUUAGAUGUAAGGAACCAACUGGAAAAAUACGCUAGGCAAUUGUUAUUUGAAAAUGAAAAUUUAUCAAAUAAGUCAAUCGAACCAAAAAACAGAUCCCACAUUGUAUUAUCUUUAGCUUCACCGGAAAUAAUAAAUAUUUCAGACGAGUUGUCAAUAAGUCCUUUAACGACUUUGAAAUAUUUAAUACGUGUUGUUGACUCAUUAUCAUUAGAAGAAUUCAAAUUUUCAAAUAAUUCAGGCUCACCCAACAAAAUAAGUUUCCAUCCAAUCCGUGAGCCUCGUUAUCAGUGCCAUAUAUGCCAAGCUUUAUAUUCAACACAUCCGGCAAUAAUUUCUCAUUACAAAACAAUUCACAAUAUUUCUUCAAUUGCAAAUUCUUCAAUGUAUACUAUUGAAAAAAACAAUUCACUUAAUCUUAAAAAUAAAAAUAUUAACUUUAAUUCUAUGGUAAGAACACAGAUACUAAGUGAAAACUACAUUCCAAAUACGUUAAAACAUUUAUUAGAAUUAAAGGGAGCUAAUAAUAUUUUCAAUGAAAUUGAAAGAGGCGAUAAGAUUGAAUUACUUAGAGCGUUCUUGAGAUUAAGUAAAGAAGAUACAAUCUUGCUAUAUAUUAUACUAUUUAUUAAUAAUAAAGUAAAUAUGGAUGUAAAAAAUACAAAAUUGACAUCUAAUAAGUAUUUAUUCAGAAUCAUUUCAUUUUGCAAGGAAAAAAAAACUGAAAGUAAUCUAUUUAGUCUUCAAUUUUUGAGAAUUAAAUCCUUGAUUCAAGAAAUGAGUAGAAUGCCUAAAUACAAUUCAAUUGAUAUUAUCGAAUUUAUUUUUUCUUGUUUAAAGUCAAUUUAUCCUUUGAAUUCAAAGUUAUUGGAAGCGAUAAAAUUGAAAGAAAAACAAAGGAUUUGUUGGAAUCAUUUGUUGGAAAUCCAUUCAUUUUCAAAUAGGUGGAGGUUUUUUGCCAGACAAGAAUCAAACUCAUCAACAAUAUCUAGUAAAAUUAAUUCAGUAUUAAAUAAUUCAAUGAAUGAUGAAUAUUUUGAUAAUUAUACUAAUUCUGUGGGAAACUAUUCAAAGAGUUUUUCAUUCUCAGAAAUAGAUUAUUUUGUUGUUAUUAGUUUUAUUAAAUCAGAGUUACUUACACAAAAAAAAUCGAUAAAAGAUGAAUCGAUUUUUAGGUUGACCAAUAAUAAUUUAUUAAACUUGGAACAGAUAAGAAAGUACUUCGAUGAUUCCAUUCAAAAAAAUGUUUUGAAGCAAAUUAAUCGUAAUUCAGAUUUACCAAAAUUUGAAGAAUGUUAUAGUUCUUCAAAAAGAUUUGCACUGACUAGGCGAAUGUUAAUUCAUUGUUUUGGUAAGACAAUUGUUUGGCGUGAAAUUUUUAAUCUAUGUUUCGCUUUUUUGCAAAUAAAUUAUUCAAAAAGUACUAAAUUCAAUGUAAAUGCUCAAAAUUCAAACGGAGCGUUCGUAUUAAAUCAUUUAAAUAAUUUGAUAGAUAGUAAUUGCAUUUUAGAAAUAGAAUGGAAUGAUCAAGAUUUUUACGAAAAGGCAUCUAAUAAAACCGAUGAAGAAUUAUUUAGAUUAUUAAACGAGGCAGUUGACCACCAAAGUUACCUUGAAAUUUCCUCAGAAGAACCAAGUUCAUAUAGUGAAAAAUUAAUUUGCGAUUCUCAAAAUGUAGAAAAUAAAGCUACUAGAACUCAUUCAGAAGUGGAAAAAACAAUUUCUAAUGAUACUAAUAAUAUAACAGGAGAUUCAGUACAUAUUGAAGCUGACCACGGAGAAAAUCCAGAAAUUUCUAAUAUUACAGCAGUUUAUGUAAAUAAAAAAGGCAGUAACAAUUAUUUUUCUGAUUUCAAGGAAAUAGAAUACUCUUCAAUAAAUAUUCCAUUUCUAGGAGCAAUGGAUUCCGAUCCUUUAGAAUUUAACAAAAUUCCUUCUGUAUUUUCAAUUUCUGGGAUUAUAUUAAGCUUUUCCGAAACAGAAUUAAAAAAUUUAAAAAGAAAAACUAUCGAUCCGAUAUUUACAAUUAUUCGAGUGAUUCUAGGCUAUAUUAUCGAUUCAGAAUCUCAAGAACACAAUCUAAUAAUACAGGCAAUUUCUAUUAUUAUAUUUACACUGAAAAAUACCACUUGCUUAACAAUACACGAGAUUGAGGAUAUAUUUUUUUUAAAUUAUUCACAUCUAACUUCUGCUUUAUCAAUAAUUGGAACGGGAUUUAUUGAUCCAGGAAUUUCUCUCUAUGAAUUUAAGCUACCUAUUAUUUAUCAUAUUAUUUAUUUAUUGGAAAUACUUAGAAUAUGUGUCAGAAUACCAACAGAGGGAAAUUGGAUAUUUACACUAUUUUGUUCUCUCAAUAACAAAUUAAUUGAAUAUAAUGAUGAAAGGCAUAAUAACAAUAAUUCAAUAAUGAAUAAUGAAAAUAUUUUAAUACCAAUUAAUAUACCAAGUAGAAUAUGGCUCCUUUGGUCAAAUGAAGUAGUUCUACAACUGUUUAACGAAGAAGAGAUAAAUACUGCUAUUAAUAUUAUUAACAAAUCUCUAUUCGACGUUUUUAAGUUUAAUAAUUUUAUUGUACCUUCCGGAAUUUUUUUAAACAGAACACCAACAAAUUGCUUUGUUUCUAUUGACGGCCAAAUAAACUUACCAGUUUGUGGAUUAUUAAUUUAUUUCGUUUCUUCAUUAACUCACAAAUCACCAAUAUUUAAUUUGGCAGAAUUCACUUCACGCUUCUCAUUUUUUAGUUCUUGUGAAAUUGAGUUAGUUUUGGAAUCUAUGCUUGCUGAGAAUUGUGUGUAUAAAGAUAACGCAAAAAUUAUUUUUUCAAAGCCUAUACAAGAUAUUUUUAAAGUUUAUGAAGGAUAUUUAUAA